GACGAGUUGACGCCUAUUUUCGUAAAAGUCUCUGCGCUUGUUUUCUGAGGAAGGCAGUCCUCCGUCGCCAAGAUGAAGCCGAUCGUGGGCGCGAUGCAAGCCUGGUCUUGCGUCGUCAUCUCGAUAUUUGCCAUCAUCAUUCUGUCCGUCCUCGGCUUCCUCUUCAAGAACAACCAUCCUGAGCUCGUUGGCGGCGAUGAGGAUCCCGAAAACGGGCCGGAAGUUGCGGCCACCGUCUUCACCGCCGUCAUCAUCUACGCUGGCUUCCUCAUUUUCUGUGGAUUGCAGGGUCUGCUUCAUCUACGCGAGAACCGGAGAGGCGCCAUCGCACUAUAGACUUGACAUGGCUCGGUUUGCUCUUCCUGAAUACGGCGUUUGAGGGUUCUGCUUAGAGACUUCGCUCUGACUUUUCGGCUUGCGGGAUGCAGUCCUACUGUGUAACACAUAUGGUUCAACAUGGCGUUUUUUGGCGGGCGGGUUAAGUGAGGCAAGAGAGUUGUUGUUCCAUCGCUUCUCUUUCUCGGGUCACCGCUUGAUGGACCUCCUGGGCCUUGGAGCGCGCCUAUGCUUGCGCCAAAGAGAAGUCAGGGGCCUGCUAUGCUGAUGCGCUCGACCGGAUCGAGUACCAGGGGGGAACGGUCCUGACGCACUCCUUGUCUUAGCGAAUCUCUGAUGGCCUGGCUGGC